AUGUUACUGUCGGUGGGCAAAGUUGGCAAAAGUGGCACUAGCCGAUCUAUUGAGUCACGAGGCGUCACGUCGACGAUCCAGAAACCCGGUUUUCUGUUGACUGUGACAUACGAUAUUCUGCAGAGGCCAGGUUCCCACGAAAGGCGAACUGUCAGAACGUUCCGUACUUUCCAGCCGAGUCCUGGCUCUUUGACGACCAAACCUUCCUUUACCAUGCUUCGAAGGAGUCGGCAAAGCUGCCGGAGGGCAGGCAACUUGCAUCUAAGGCAAUUGCAGUCAAAUGUCGAGCGCAAUUUUUACUUCUACUGGUGUCGGCCCAUCGGCGCGGAACAAGGGACCUUUCGGUUGCUCGUUGCGGAGUUCCCCACAGCUAAUUGGUCGUUGCCGUUAUCUUAUUUUGAUCUGAUUGAAGAGAUUGGUCAUACCAGGGUCUAUUUUAUUGAACUCUGCGGAUCUGCUUGGAAGAGCUUGGAUCCCAACGAUUGGCAAGAAAUCUGCCUGGCUUUGCGGUAUUCUCGUUGUAGCAGUUUCGCAGUAGGCGACGAGUGUUUGAGCAAGUCCCAGCUAUUGGUACUCUACGACACUGUUCGACCAAAAGCUUUGCAUUUUCAUGGGCUAAUCGGAUCGGAUGCGUGGAAGAUAUUAGCAGCUUGUCCAUGUCUGCAAUACCUUGACUUGCAACGGGGACUGAAAUUUGACUCGAUCUCGGAAGCGCAAACAAUCGUGGAUACCCUGUUGAAUCUUACCUCUUUACGAGGUCUCUCCCUUCGAAUUGCCUGCCCCAAUCGAUCAGCCCUUCAGCUUUUGUUAAAAAGCUUGGAGAACAAUGUACAGCUGGAACACAUUGCAGUUUCUUUCGACGACACUAGUCUGGCUUGUUUUCCGGAGUGCGCCAACAUUGCGGACUUUCUCGAUUUUUGCGGUCGCCUCAACCAAACACGAAGAGCUGCGCUUGAUCGGCAACGGAUUCAACUACGGCGGAAAUUUCAAGCCCGGGAUUGUCAAGAAAUUGACGCAGUAGUGGUGAUUCUAAAAGACUGGUAUCAGAGCUCAACGCAGAUACUCCAACAUUUGCUGCCAGUAACGCCGUCGUCCUCCUUUGCUUCCGUCGGAGGAUCGGGCGUUGGGUGCGGGGAAAGGCUAUGUAAAACAAAAGCCUAAGACUCUAUCGUGUAUUGGAAGAGUAGCGGUAACCAGAAGAUAAAACAUUUUACACACACACG